GUUUCCCCCGCACGCUGCCUGCUGGUCGCACGUGUCACGUUUAUCACAGCUAUAUAUUGAGCCGCCGCUGCCUGGGUCCCUCAUUCCCUGCUCGACCUCCCGGCACCACCGCGCGCCGCCACCAAGAUUUGUGAGACAUCAUCUCUACGAUCCAGUUCAUCUGUGGAAGAAGUGACAUCACGGGCCGAGCCGCCGCCUGCCUGAUGCACGUCGCCCAGUGAACCGUGAGGUGGUGACUCGCCCACGCUGAUCAUGGAAGUGGAGCAGGUCAAGGUGGCCAGCUGCUCCCCUUCUCAAUCUAGUGGAUUUUCAGCCAUUAGGGAAAAGGGUUGGUCCCUCAACAGGAACAGAAAGAACAUGAUGAUAAAUGCGAGAGUGACGUCAGAUAAAGAAGGAAAUGAAAUAAUACCGGAUUGUGCAAUGGCGAGCAGAAUAGAGGUCUUUCAGACAAUGGAUAACGGAGGCAAGGCAGUCAGGAAUCAGAACCUGAAAAGAGUAUCCAGUUUUACAUAUGGAUAUGCGGCGUCUAAAGAAGCACAAAGACCAAGCUGCGGUGUCCUCAAGCCCCCGGGGUACCGCAGGGGAGGCAACGCCAUCGGCAGGAGUGUGUCGUUCGCCUACAGAAAAAAGGAGACCUCGUCAGUCCUCUUGGAGCACAAGGAGUCAUGUCUUUCUUUGUCUUCCUCAUCGGAAAAAGAUUUCCUGUCGAACUCCUUGAACGGCAACCUGUGUCGGGACACCUGGACCACAGACAGCGUUGGGGGAUAUUCAGAAAAUAAAGUCCCUGUCGUCCUUCGGAACAAAAAGGAAAUUCGACAUUUACCUGAAGGUGUCUCUUCGACUGACCGUAUAAGGCGGCGCAGCGCCGAGAUAUCUCAGUUGAGGUGCGCGUUACAGGAGAAGGUGAAGGCACAGCAGUAUCGCACGUACUAUCAGAACACCAGUUACAGAAAGAGCUGGAGCGACUUUCCACAAACUCCGGAACACUCAAGAAUCAGGAGCCGUCCCAAGAGUGCAUGUGGUUUCCUGCGCGCUGAUGGAUACUUCGACACGGAACGCGAGCCUCUGAGUUCCCUGGAGUGUCGCAACAACAACAGAAACAUAACGAGGUGGGCAAGUCCUCAGCAACCGAGUAGAGUCACUUCCCCGCCAAGCUUCACCAGCGAGAGGAGGAAGCUGCAAUAUCUCAUGAAGGAGCCGCUGACCUCACCUGUCAGCGGCCAGGACCGUGCGGGCCCCUACCUGUGCCACAAGUGUUCAGGACCAGUCAAGAUCAAGCCAGAGGAGCAAUACUGGUCUUCCUGUGGGGAAGACGAGGACGCGCCCUCCCGCUACGUCACGCCCACCACAUCCCCGGUCCAUAAGGCGUCUCAUUGCAGGACUCACUGCGAAAAUUUUAACCCCAGAACCUCAGAGAAUGACUCACCAGCCAAGCCGGUGCGGACAGCCGACGGUCGGGUUAACUACUACCCCAACUGUGACCCCACGAUAUGGAUUCGCUCCUGCACCAAGGAGGUCAUUGAACCACUAACGGGCGUCCAGAUUGGUGAGGUGCCGCGGUGGCUGCGUGGUGCUCUCAUCAGGAAUGGGCCGGGACGCAUACAGGUGGGGGAGGACCAGUACAACCACGUGUUCGACGGGUCGGCUCUCCUGCAUAGGUUCCACUUCAAGGACGGAAAAGUGACGUACCAGAACAGGUUCCUGCAGAGUCGCAGUUACUUGAGGGACACCCGAGCCCAGCGCAUCGUCGUCAACUACUUCGGCACUCGAGCACAUCCAGAUCCCUGCAAGACUAUCCUGCAGAACAUCGCCAGCAAGUUCUCCCUGGAAGAACACUUCACGGACAACGCCCAGAUCAGCCUGUACCCGUAUGGAGACAGCCUGUACGCCCUCACCGAGACACCCUUCAUCUUUCGCGUCGACCCGGACACUCUGGCCACCCACGAAAAGGUGGACCUGACGCGCCACAUCGCCAUCUUCACUCACACGGCGCACCCACACGUGGACCGGGACGGCACCGUGUACAACUUGGGCCAGGGCGCGGGUCCUCUGGGGCCGAGAUACCAUAUCUGCAAGUUCCCCAAGACCAAGACUUCUUCAAAUGGGAAGGUGAAGACUCCAUUCGAGCAGGCCAAGGUAGUGGGCACGGUGGGGGCACGGUGGCUGCUCAACCCCUGCUACAUGCACUCCUUCGCCAUGACCGACAACUACUGGGUCAUCAUCGAGCAGCCCCUGGUGGUGUCCGUGCCCAAGAUCCUCAAGGUGCUCGCCAAGCAGGACGCCCUCAUCGACGCCCUGCAGUGGUUUGAGAAGGAGACGAAAAUCCACGUGGUGCGACGAGACACGGGCCGCGUCACCACCACGCAGUACGUCACUGAGACCUUCUUUUUCCUGCACACCAUCAACGCCUACGAGGACCGCGGCCACAUCGUGCUGGACAUCGCCGCCUACAAGGACGCGGAGAUGCUGCACUGCAUGUUUGUGGAGGCGCUCAAGAACGCAGCAUACGACCCCACGUACGCUCAGAUGUUCCGCGGGCGCCCAAAGAGGUGGGUGUUGCCCCUCCAGCCCGAUAGGGACGCCAACCAGCACACGAACCUGGUGACGCUGCCCGACAGUCGGUGCCGCGGACGGUGGGUCAAGAAGGGCGUGGUAUACGUCACUCCGGAGCUACUGGCGGACAUCGGCUGUGAGGUGCCGCGAAUCUAUUACGAGGAGUACAACGGACGCCACUACCAGUAUUUCUACGCCAUCUGCAGUGACGUGGACCACCCCAAGCCUGGCACUUCUGUCAGUCUCCGUCCGUCUUCGUCUAUCCGUUUGACUUGUCCUUCACCACCACAGCUGGUCAAGGUGGACGUGGUCAACAAGCAGCACUACGAGUGGAGUGAAGACAACGUGUAUCCGUCAGAGCCCAUCUUUGUACCCACUCCGCACGGCAAGCGAGAGGACGACGGCGUGGUGCUCUCUGCCCUGUUACGCGCUCGAGGAUUGGACCGCCAAGUGUGCAUGUUGGUGCUGGACGCCUCUUCCUUCACCGAGCUUGCACGGGUCGAAUUCCUCGCUCCAGGACCCGUGCCCAAGUGUCUUCAUGGGUGGUUUGUUCCUGAAGGCACCCUCACCGUCCACCGUCCCGAACAGACACCCCAGGAAGCCGCUGACCCCCCUGCGUCGUAAUGUCCACAGGAGAAGUGAGGCAGGAUGGUCGUUUGGGUGUUUUGUGCAUGCAAGAUAACGUUUCCGGGAGUUGUUUUGUGUGCGGUUAAUAGUGUGGUGUGUUUUGUUGUGCUAUGUUUGUUAUUAAUGUGUGUGUGAGUGUUUUGCAGUCAGCUGUUUUCUCUAUAUCUAUGUAGCAAAUUUCCUUACUAGUUAGUAUUGAAGUAGUAUUAUUAACCCAUUAUUUACCACAGAGUAAUGUGAAUGUAGAUAAUUAUAAACGAACUACUGUAUUUCUUUAUCACGUGUUUUUGUAACCAUGAUAUCUCUUGUAACUGUACAGAUCAUUUUGUUUUUAUUUAUUUAACUAUUUAUCUGUUUAU